GCACCGUCCGGGACCCUCCGGGACACUCGGGUCGCUCCAGCCCCGCUGUCCCUGGCACCUGGCACAGGGAUCCCCGUGGGAAGCGGCGAUGUCAGACAAAGGCGGCAGCAUGGACGGCAGGACGGACAUCGUCAACGGCAGCCUGUCCAGCAGCCCCGAGGACAUGUCUGCCGAGGAGGGCCGCGAGACGUCCUCGGGGAUCGAGGUGGAGGCGUCCGACCUGAGCCUGAGCCUGACGGGCGACGACGCCGGGGCCGCGCGCAGCCGCGCCAGCGACAGCGACAGCUCCGGCGACAAGGACAGCGACAGCCUGGACGACACCGGCCACUACUCCAUCCCCGAGGAGCCGCGGCAGGACGAGGACGAAGACGAGGAUGAGGACGAGGAGGAGGAACCGCGGGCCCGGCGCAGGGGGCCCCGCAAGCGGCCGCCUCACGAGCGCGACUCGUCGGACGAGGAGCAGGCGCUGGAGGACUGGGUGGCCUCGGAGACGUGGGCGCUGCCUCGGCCGCGUUGGAGAGCGAUCCCGGCGCUGCGGCAGCGCCAGUUGGGCGGCUGCUCCCGUUUCGUGGCUCAGGCCUGCGGGGCCCGGCUGUUCGUGCAGAAAUUCCGGCUGCAGCACGGCCUGGAAGGGCACACGGGCUGCGUGAACACGCUGCAUUUCAACCAGCGCGGAACCCGCCUGGCCAGCGGCAGCGACGACCUCAAGGUGCUGGUGUGGGACUGGCUGAGGCGCCGGCCCGUGCUGCAGUUCGACAGCGGGCACAAGAGCAACGUCUUCCAGGCCAAAUUCCUUCCCAACAGUGGCGACUCCACGCUGGCCAUGUGUGCCCGGGAUGGGCAGGUGCGCGUGGCCGAGCUCUCGGCCACUCAGUGCUGCCGCAGCACCAAGCGCGUGGCCCAGCACAAGGGAGCCUCCCACAAGCUGGCGCUGGAGCCGGACUCGCCCUGCACGUUCCUGUCUGCAGGAGAGGACGCCGUGGUCUUCACCAUCGACCUGCGGCAGGACCGGCCCGCCUCGAAAUUGGUGGUGACGAAGGAGAAGGAGAAGAAGGUCGGGCUCUACACCAUCUUCGUCAACCCCGCCAACACCUCCCAGUUCGCCGUGGGCGGCCGCGACCAGUUCGUGAGGAUUUAUGAUCAGAGGAAAAUCGAUGAGAACGAGAACAACGGAGUCCUGAAGAAGUUCUGCCCCCACCACCUGGUGAACAGCGAGUCCAAAGCCAACAUCACCUGCCUGGUCUACAGCCACGACGGCUCAGAGCUGCUGGCCUCCUACAACGACGAGGACAUUUACCUGUUCGACUCGGCGCACAGCGACGGUGCUCAGUACAGCCGGCGCUACAAGGGGCACCGCAACAACGCCACAGUGAAAGGUGUGAAUUUCUACGGCCCCAAGAGCGAGUUCGUGGUGAGCGGCAGCGACUGCGGCCACAUUUUCCUCUGGGAAAAAUCCUCCUGCCAGAUCGUGCAGUUCAUGGAAGGCGACAAAGGCGGAGUGGUGAACUGCCUGGAGCCGCACCCUCACCUGCCGGUGCUGGCCACCAGUGGGCUGGACCACGACGUCAAGAUCUGGGCUCCCACCGCCGAGGCUCCCACCGAGCUCCGGGGCCUCAAGGAGGUGAUCAAGAAGAACAAGGUGGAGCGGGACGAGGACAGCCUGCACCACACGGACAUGUUCGACAGCCACAUGCUCUGGUUCCUCAUGCACCACCUGCGCCAGCGCCGCCACCACCGGCACCGCCGGGAGCCGGGGGCCGAUUCCCCCUCGGACGAUUCCGGGAGCUCCUCGGACACUUCGGACGAUGAGGAGGAGGGGCCGGACCGGGUGCAGUGCAUGCCCUCGUGAGCCCCAAAAAACACCCCCAAAACCCCCCAAAACCCCCCAAAAACCCCAACCUGGGGGGGCCCCACCCCACUAACACUUGGAGCUUUCUACUGCCCUCGUUCAGCCCCCCCAGAUUCCUGGUUUUCCCCUUUUUUUGGGGGUCCCCUUCCCCUUUUUUCCCUUAUUUCCCCAUUUUUUCC